GUGUGACUUGUAGUGUGCAGAUGUAAAAUUAAAAAAAAAAAUUACAAUAAAGUGUGAAUAUGGCGAAAGAAAACCGGGCACCGCAAUGCUUGGUGAGCAUUGCUUGCAUCUCCAGCAUACUGUCGAUGAUACUGUCAUUGAUAAAUGUUUUCCUAAGUGUACUGGUAUUUACGUUUAGAUUUUCAUGUGAUCUUUCCAACAUACAACAUAGAGGCGAUCAGUACUUCGUGUUGACCAUCAUAAGAACUUACAUCAUUCGUUACACGUGUGACAGGUCGCUGCAUUAUGAUAAACUAACAAAGGCCGACUCAGUCUAUGUACUGGCAGUUAUCUGCUUGGUUUUUGCAUUGAUCAACUUGGCGACCGCGUUCAUAAUGAUUCAUACGGUGACAAUGAACGUGAAAAAUUACGACAUAACUAUUUACGCGUACCUUGGCACCAGUCUGGCAAUGUUUGUAGUGGACCUCACCAUCGGCGUACAUUUCGGAAUAGACACUCAAACUAUGAAGAUUAUGAUGGGUUCACAUUCGGCUGGCCAUCCAUCCAACUACGAAUAUGACAUGAUCCGCUUGGGGGCGAUGCUGUUAAUGGCGAUUGCUUUCAAAGGAUACAUGGGCCAUUUUGUCAACCUGAUGCUUCUCCUUCUACUCGGAACCUUGGUUAUUCGCCAACACAGGAAGAAGUCCGUGGGAGAUGACCAUUCCAUUCAGCGAUUUGGAGUGAUAAAUGCUUAUGAAACUCCGAUUAAUAUAAUGGAAGAAGAAUGGGGACCACCGCGCAGUUUGGACACAUCAGUUCGUUACACCAGAGGACGCUCGCUGAACAUUCUGAGCGAAGAUGAACCACAGCCUGGACCUGCAAAAGAACCAUCAGUCGUUGAUAUUUCUAGCCCCUUGCGAGACCCAUGGGUGUACCGUACCGAUGCAAGUGGAUAUCCGAGAGGUGGCCAAUCAAAUCUGGUCUUCAAUGGCGAAGAAGAACCAAGUCGCAUUCAAGUUUCGGUGAAAGAAUCUACAUCUGACGGGAUUUGCAAUCGUUCCCCUUCGUGGCUGUUCAACUCCGGAGCCGCGCUCCCGUUUUCGUAUCUAGAGGACCCCAAGCGACCUUUGCCAGUGAAGCCUCCCACAACAGCAACUACCGAACACCAGUGGCGACGCAGUGCUUGGCCUCCGACGCCGGCAGUCCCAGACCCCGACUACAGCCCCCCGCCACGGAGGCUUAAAUCAGCGCUCAAGUCAAACUACAUUUGAAACCUAAAUUUAUAAGAUACCUAUAUACAUCGCUUGUUUGCGACAAUAAUGACAUAUUCUCAAACAGUCAAAUUUUACAAGAGACCAUUUUCCAACUUUGAAGUGAAAUAUUUUGAAAACGGGGAGAAUAACAUAAAAUUUUCUCCCCUGCCUUUAUCCUACGUCUUUGAGAACUGUUCUCAUUGUAGCUAAAACGAUUAUUUUUCUGUAUUUAUAUUUAUAACAAGCUAAAAAAUCCAUUCUUUGUAUGUCAUCCUUGUCGCGAUUCAGCGAUAUGUGCGACUAACGACCGGACGAAAACUCCUUUUUUUAAUAUUGGCUCGUUGAAAUAGUAACCAUGUCUCGAUAUUUUGUUUUUUUUUUGCAAUAUUAAUAUUUAUAAAAUAUUUCGAUUUAGCGUACGUUCAUCAUGCCUUGAUGGAAGAACAGUAGAAGAAUUGCACGCUCCAAAUCGUGAAAUCGAAACUGCAUCAGUGUUGCGAUAAGCGGUAACGUCUCCUACAAUUAUUAACGCGGCGUAGUAAUUUCAUAUUAUGAGUACUGUAUGCAAUACAGUUAACACGUCAAGUGAUGAACGUCCUAUUUUGGUAUAUCUAUAUAUUAUUGAUUUAUUAUGGAAGAUAAUGUAACCUAACAAAUCAGUAUAUUUUUAUGUGCCGUGUCGCUAAGUCAGUGGUACGUAUGAAGUGUUGGUGCUGCGAAUACCUAAGAAUUAAGCAGAGGUAAAAAGCUCGUUAGAUCGCUCGCUAUAACCAAAAUUUUUAUUCCAUUAAAAUCUUUACAUUUCAGAGUCGCUAUUACGGGAAGUUUUACUGAAUUUACGAUACCAAAAUAACGAACACGCAUUGAAUACUUGCUUAUGAAGUCUAGUGGGCUAUAAUCUUAAUUCAAUAUUCAUAGCUAUAAUUCUGAUAUUAUUAGGAUAAGUUGAGUUGUUAUAAACUAGUUGUGCAUGGAGUAUUCAUUAUCUAGGGAUAAAAACAAUUUUUGAUUUAUAUAGGUGCCUGACUAGAAGAUAUAAAAAAACAUGAUAAAAACUGAAGGAAUUGAAACAAUACCAUCAUAACUCAAAAAAUUCAAAAUUCAAAAUUCAUUUAUUUCAAGUAGGCCUAAUACAAGCACUUUUGAAACGUCAAGUCUGUCCGUGUGUAGUGAUUUCACUUAAAAUGUAACUACCGUAUAAUUUUAAUAACAGUACCAACUUAAAGCAUAAUUAUUGUUGGUAGAUAUAUGUAUUCCUAAACCGGGGCUGGUAAUAACAAUUUUCGCCCCACCCGACAAUCGAAGCUUGACUACCCGUGAAUUCAUGAUUGAAGAAUUCUAACCAACAAUAAUAAUUCAUGACUUAAGAGCACCUAUAUACACUUAUAAGGUACAUAUCUAGGUAAAAUGAAUACGCCACGAAAUCUAGUUAAACAACUUACGUGUUAAGGAUAUAAAUAUAGGUACAUAGGUGAACAAUUAUAACGUAUAUUAUGAAAAGGUUACCUAUGUAUUUAUAUUUGUUAGUUAUAGGUGUACCCACCUAGUAGAGAAUUAUUCAUUUACAGAAUAUGUAUCUUUAGGAUACGUAUUCUUCGAAGCAAAUAAAAAAAACAAAAAAAAA